UUGGGCCGAAAGGAGAGCUGCUGAUCCACGGUGAAAUUUGGUCGGCAAGCUCGAGGCUGUUUGUCAAGGGCAGCAUAGAUAGCAUCGAACUCGCUCGCCCACUCACUGUCAACUCAGGAGGGAGUGGCUACUGGGUUGGAUUUAUUUAUUUAUUUUGUUUCCCUCGAACGCUCAACUGUCCCCCUUUCAUUUCUUGCAAAAUGUCUGUACUUUCAAAUUCCUUGGUUUCAUCAACAAAUCCUCCAACCCAACUAUUUUCUGGUUCUCAUCCAAGGCCUGCGUGGCAAAGCUUUGGGAGUGCCAACUGCCCCAACUUGGCAUUCAAUUCUAACAAUUUAAGGAAACUGCAUCUUUCUAACUCCAGUAGGGCACUCACUGUUCAUGCUUCGUACAGUGAUGGUGGAAGGUCAAGCAGUUCAAGCGCCUUUGUUGGGGGUUUUGUUUUGGGAGGGCUCGUGGUUGGUGCACUUGGUUGUGUAUUUGCCCCUCAGAUCAGCAAGGCACUAACUGUAGCUGAUAGUAAGGACCUAAUGAAGAAACUGCCUAAAUUCAUAUACGAUGAAGAAAAAGCUUUGGAGAAAACACGGAAGGUACUGACAGAGAAGAUUGCUCAGCUGAACGCCGCUAUUGAUGAUGUUUCCGGUCAGCUUCGAUCCGACGACGCCCCAAAUGGAGUUGCUGUAAACUCUGAUGAAAUUGAAGCAGCCAUAUGAAUUGCCUUGCUAUUCACAUCAUGGUUUAAAUGGUUUAUUAGUAAGAAAUAAUAGGGAAUUUGUUGUAAUUUUCCUAUUUUCUCCACAGACACUGUAACUCUGUCUUUGUAAUAUGUGGUUGAAGAAACAUGAAUACUUAAAAAGGACUUUUUUAUACAUUAAAGCAAGAUUCUCAA